ACGUCAUACUGUUUGAUAUUUUGUCAAUUCUGUUCUUCGUUUCCUAAAAAUGGCAUUCUUCGGUAUUGACCGAAUAUUUGAGUUCUUCAAAACCAUAAAAGCUGCUGGAGGGAUAAGAGCUUCCCUAUAUAAGCUAUAUAGAAUGGAUAGUUUGCGACCGGGAGUACUUGUUGGUCAUGACAAAUACGGAAACAAGUACUACGAAAACAGACACUAUUUCUUGGGGAGAAACAGAUGGGUAGAGUACGCUCCUUAUUAUGGUCUCGAGUAUGAUGCAAGUCAGGUAGUACCUGCAGAAUGGUUUGGCUGGCUCCACCACAGAACGGAUAUACCACCAGACAAAGAUCACAGCAGACCAAAGUACAAAUGGACGUCGGAUCAUACUGAAAACCUUAGUGGAACACCUGGUCAAUACAUGCCCUACUCAACCACUAAGCAAAAAAUACAUGCAUGGGUACCACCGCCACCACCUCCCCGAGAUAAUUAGUGUCAAAGUGAGAAUAAAGAAUACAGAUAAUAUUGUAUACAACAUAUAUCAUCAAAUAUAUUUUUUUAAGAAAUAAAAGAUGAGC